CGCCGACGAGCCGCACUCGCAUGACGUCUCCCUACGACCCGAGCUACACCCACAAAUACCUCAGCCUCUCGGACGGCCUUCGCCUCCACUACGUCGAUGUGGGGCCCCGCGAUGCGGUACCGCUCCUCUUGCUCCACGGCUGGCCCGACUUGUGGUGGAGCUGGCGGUUUCAAAUCCAGCACUUUCGCAAGACGUACCGCGUCAUCGUUCCGGACCAGCCAGGGUUUGGGGCGACGACGUCGCCGAAAGAGCCUGCAUUUUACCGCCGGAAGAACCUCGCGCUCGUGUACGCGCAGCUGCUCGACCACUUGCAGAUUGAAAAGGCCAUUGUCAUCGGGCACGACUGGGGCGGCAACAUGGCGUGGUCCAUGGCUCUCUUCCAGCCGUCGCGUGUCGUAGCUGUCGGCGCCAUCUGCACGCCGUACCGCCCAUUGACGCCCGUGAAGGUCUCGCUCGAGACCAUGGUCAAGUUUGCGCCGACGAUGACGUACAUGCUCUUUCUCGUCCAGGACGGCACCGCCGCCCGCUUCGAAGCCGAUACGGAGAAGCUUUUCAAGCUCAUCUUCCAGUUUCAAGAAUCGCACCGCCCCGACGCCGUGUCCGCUGACCUCAAGGCGAUGCUCGAGCACUUUGAGCAGUUCGAGUUCGACCCGUCGACGAAGAAGUCGAAUCUCUCGGACCAAGACCUCGCGUUUAUCGUCGCCGAGUACCAGCGCCAAGGCUUCCAGACGGGCCUCAACUGGUACAAGACGGUCGAAAUGGACUACGACGACAAGGUCGGGCUCGACCUUACGCUGCAGCACGACGCACUUUUCAUUGCGGCGACGCACGAUAUUGCAUUGCCGCCCGCCAUGAGCGUUGGCAUGGAAAAGCUGCUGCCCAACCUCACGCGCGGCCUCGUCGACGAAGGUGGCCACUGGGUGCUCUGGGAGACCCCGGACCAAGUCAACGCCAUCAUGGACGACUGGCUCGCCAAGGUCGUCGCCAAGCUCGGGCUUGCUGUGGCACCGUAAGCGCACCUCGGGCCCCAGUGUACUGUAGCUCAGUGGUACAGUAGUUUAGCGCCUGAUUGAUUCGUUUCGCAUACUUCGAUAGCAUAAACAUACAUGAUGAUUCGACAAUGGA